AUGUGUGGUGGGGGUAAGUGCGUUGCCCAAACUAAAAAAUCAAAAUUUGUACCAAAUACACCAGAAAUUGAAACAAUGGACAAUCAUUUGUCACAAAAUAUUAAAGAAACAUUUACAAAUUCAUCGUUCAUUGGUGAAAUGACAAAUUUACCACUCAAUUCGGAUGUCCUUCUCAAUACGCUUACAAAUGUUGUUAAACAAGUGUGUCAGAAACAACAACAACAAAUUGAUUUUUUAACAUCUGAAUUGAAGGAAGUUAAAACACAACUGGUUGAAGUUCAGUUUCAAAUGAAUGACCAUCAACAGUAUACAAAACGAAAAGAUUUAGUAAUAUAUGGCAUACCAGUUCAAAAAAAUGAAAAUACUACAAAUAUGGUUAUUGAAAUGGGGAAUUCAUUAGGGGUUCAAUUUAAUGAUGCACAUUUUUAUUCAGUACAUCGCUUACCACAGAAGUACAGGCUCGACGGCAGGGAAGUAUGGAUGACAUAUCCACCAUAA